AUGGGCGGUGAGUCUUCGCUGAUAGGAAGCGGCUCGAGCUGCGGCUGCCCGGCUCGUGCUGGUCGAGCGGCGGGCACGUCCGGGCUGCUCGAGCUGCCCGCGGGGCGGGGAGGCGGGUCGGCGCCGAGCGACGGCGGCCCUCCGCGCGCGUACCAGCUCGCCCUGGGCGUCACGUCGGCGCCGGGCGAGUCGUGCCGCUCCAAGAUGCUCGUGGUGGAGCACCGCACGACGCUGCUCAACCGGCUCGACCGGCCGGUUGGCUACGGCGCGUGCGAGGUGCACGUGCGCGCGCCGCUGCAGCUGGGCAGCCCCGCUGUCGGGCCGGCGCGGCUCGAGUACCAAUGGCUGGGGGGCAUCUUGCGCGGGGAGCUGCCUUCGGGCGGGCGGAGGCUGGUGCACACCUUUGCGCCCGCCACGGCGGUCAGCCUCUCUGUAAGCAUCGAGGGGUACAGGCCCUCGGAGCGGGUCCUCGCACCGCACACCGCGCUCGAGGGCGUGCUCUGCGAGGAGGUGCCCGUGUACGACGGCCGCCGCAGCCGGCUGCCGCUCUCGAUCGGGUACGAGCGGCUGCACGGCUGCGUGCACGCUCUCUCGCUCGUCGCGCCGUGUUGGGUCUCCAACUGCACCGGCCUGCCCCUGCUGCUGCGCGAGCACGGCGCGAGGGAGGCGUACUGCGGCGACGAGCCGGCGGUCGUCUGCGAGACGGUGUCCGAGAACCAGCGCCGCCGCACGGCCUUCAACUCCUUCUCGGCGGACGGCCUCUUCCCGACCGACUUUGCCGGCGCCUUCUCCGACGAGCGGCUCAGCAGGCGCCACUCCGGCUUGGCGGACCUCUGGCUGCCGACAGGCUGGCUGUGGAUGGAGGACUGGCGGCUCAAGGGCGGGAAGACGGGCUCCGUCACCGAGCAGGGGUGGGAGUACGCCAAGGGCUGGAGCGGCGCGUGGUCGCCUCAGUGCACGCCCAAGACGGGCGUGCGGCGGCGGCUCUGGACGCGCCGGCGGGUCCGCCUCUCCGGCCUCACGCGCCACCUGCUUGGCGGCAUGUCGGAGAACGCCGUCCGCCGCCUUUCCCUCGCCGAGCUGCAGCAGGUCAUGCAGACGCUCGGGGAGCCCGCGCAGCGCGGCGCCGACGAGCUGCGGCAGUACUGCAUGGAGCUGCGCGCCCGCGCGCAGGAACGCGGCGGCGCGGAGCCGGACGAGGCGGCCGGCGCGGCGGCGGCGCCGGUGAUGCCGCCCGUGACCGCGAGGAAGCGGCUCGAGCUGCGGCUGCCCGGCUCGUGCUGGUCGAGUGCCGUCUCGCUCGAGGCGGCGGGCACGUCCGGGCUGCUCGAGCUGCCCGCGGGGCGGGAAGGCGGGUCGGCGCCGAGCGACGGCGGCCCUCCGCGCGCGUACCAGCUCGCCCUGGGCGUCACGUCGGCGCCGGGCGAGUCGUGCCGCUCCAAGAUGCUCGUGGUGGAGCACCGCACGACGCUGCUCAACCGGCUCGACCGGCCGGUUGGCUAC